CAGAGCCCGCCAGUCGGAUCAGCUGAGCCGCCGGCUCCCGCGCCCCUCUCCCCGCAGCAUGCCGGACCUCCGCCUGCUGGCCGCGCUCUGCGGCGCGCUCCUCUGCGCCACUGGUCUCUUCGCCGCCUCCGGUGACUUCUGUGACUCCAGCCAGUGCCUGAAUGGUGGGACCUGCUUGGUGGAAAUGGACAAUGCCCCCUUCUACUGCCUCUGCCCUGAAGGCUUUACGGGCCCCACGUGCAAUGAGACUGAGAAAGGUCCCUGUUUGCCAAAUCCCUGCCAGCACGAUGCCAAAUGCAAGGUAAUUGACGACUUGCACCGAGGGGACAUCUUCACCCCGUAUAUCUGCAAGUGCCCUCAGGGCUACGCAGGCAUCCACUGUGAGACCAGGUGCACCAUGCCGCUGGGCAUGGAGGGGGGUGCCAUCGCUGACUCACAGAUCUCUGCCUCCUCGGUGUACCUGGGCUUCAUGGGUAUGCAGCGCUGGGCCCCGGAGCUGGCCCGUCUACACCGCACGGGCAUCGUCAAUGCCUGGACGGCCAGCAACUAUGACAAGAGCCCCUGGAUCCAGGUGAACCUGCUGAGGAAGAUGUGGGUGACGGGUGUGGUGACGCAGGGCGCCAGCCGUGUGGGCAGUGCUGAGUACCUGAGGACCUUCAAGGUGGCCUAUAGCCUUGAUGGGCACAAGUUCCAGUUUAUCCAGGAUGCAGAGGGGCUUAGAGAUAAGGUGUUUGUGGGUAACGUGAACAACAAUGGCCAGAAGACCAAUCUGUUUGACUCCCCUUUGGAGACGCAGUAUGUGAGGCUGGUCCCCGUGGUCUGCCACCGGGCCUGCACUGUCCGCUUCGAGCUGCUUGGCUGUGAGUUGAAUGCAGGAUGCUCUGAACCCCUGGGCCUGAAGGACAACACCAUCCCCGACAAGCAGAUCACGGCCUCCAGCAUGUUCAAGUCCUGGGGCCUGAAUGCCUUCAGCUGGCAUCCCUCGUACGCGCGCCUGGACAAGCAGGGCAAGUUCAACGCCUGGACCGCCCAGAGCAACAGUGCCUCCGAGUGGCUGCAGAUUGACCUGGGUUUACGGAGGCGGGUGACAGGCAUCAUCACCCAGGGGGCCCGCGACUUCGGCUACAUCCAGUAUGUGGCAGCCUACAAGGUGGCCUACAGUGACAACGGCCAGAACUGGACCGAAUACAAGGAACACGGGGCUGAGGACAGCAGGAUCUUCCUUGGCAACUCAGACAACAACUCACACAAGAAGAAUGUGUUUGAGACGCCCUUCCUGGCCCGCUUUGUCCGCGUGCUGCCCGUUGCCUGGCACAACCGCAUCACCCUGCGCGUGGAGCUGCUGGGCUGCAAGGCGUAGCCCACCCUGCUGCUCGGUGGAGAGACUGGACAGGCUGUGAGGACAUGGGGAGGACCAGCCCCCUCUCCUCCCCUUUAGUGGGCCACCGGGCCCUCUGCCUCUUCCUGUUGUAGCCAGAGCAGGGGUGGGGGAGGGGCUGGGGUGUCAGAGGAGGCGCCACCAGGCAGUCACCCCUCCUCCCUCAUUCUGACCCUUAACCUCCCACAGGGCGGGGGGGAGGUUGGGGCCACUCUCAUGCCACUCUGUUUUCUUAGGCACUGUAGGAGCUGAGUGGGGCCGGGGUGGACGGUAGUGUUCAGGAGGGGGUGCAGGUUACCUGUAUUUCCCCCUCCCUGGUCCCAGGUACUGGUGCACCGCAGAGGGCCUCAUGUCCACCCCAGACCCUCUUCACAGAGCACAUCCCUGGGCCCUGGAGGAAGGCCCCAGGCGCCAGGCUGGAGAUAAUAGCUCCGCCCCCCAGAGACCGGAGAGGCCACCUAUCCCCCAGUCACUUCCCCCUUAUCUCCCUGGAGACCUCUCUUGACCCUUAUCCUGAGGCCUGGAAAGAGACAGAUGGGGUGGGGUGCCUCCGGAGAGAGCCGGGAGCAGGGUUGGGGAAGGCGGUGGGGUGGCUGGGUUGCGGGGGGCACCCCUGCUUGUUCUUCACCUGGAGUACACACAGGCAGCUUCCAAAAUAUAUUUAUGUUAUCCACUGGG